GUGAUUGGCGGGACCGAUACAUCGUCAACAAUGACCGAAUGGGUGAUGGCAGAGUUGCUGCGGAACCGGAAUGUGAUGGACAAAGUAGUGGAGGAAUUGACAGAAGUUUUGGGAGUAGAUGAGAUGGUCGAAGAGCAGCGCUUGCCCAAAUUAAAGUACCUCGAUGCUGUCAUCAAAGAGGUGUUGCGCUUGCACCUGGCACUGCCCUUAUUGGUGCCUCGGACCGCGCAUUCUUCCUGUGUCGUCAAGGGUUACAUGAUACCAAAGGGCGGUAACAUAUUCCUGAAUGGAUCAUAUAUCCACAGGGACCCUAAGAUUUGGGACAAACCAUUAGGGUUUAGACCGGAAAGAUUCUUGGAAGAUCUUAGCUUGUAUAAUCUAUCGGGCAACAACUUCGGAUACAUGCCAUUUGGUUCUGGUCGAAGGAUGUGUGAAGGGCUUCCGCUGGCAGAGAGAAUGCUCACGUGUGUUUCGACUUCCCUUUUGCAUUCGUUCGAGUGGGAAUUACCACAAGGGACGGAGUUAUAUUUGUCAGACAAGUUCGGGAUUGUGGUCAAGAAAAUGAAUCCACUAGUCGCCAUUCCCAAACCAAAAUUGUCCAGACAGAGCUCUACAUGCAGAUAUAGGUAUUUCGGAUUGAAGCUUCCAAACUCCUUUUCUUUGUAUGUUUCUAGCCUCGGUUUUCAGUAA